UUGUUGCUGUAAGGAGCUGAUGAUUUGAAAUAACUUGUGGGUCUCGGGAAGUAUGAAUCUGACGCAUGGGGACUAAUACGUGGUCUGAGCGAGAGGCAGCAGUGAUGGCAGGUAGCACUGCUGUGCCACUUCAGGAAUUCAUUGCCUCAUUGGACAAUACCUGCCUACCACGAAUUCUGCAAGUUUGCUCUGGAGUAUAUUUCCAAGGUUCUAUAUAUGAAAUUUCUGGGAGUGAAGUAUGCUUUUCCACGGGGGAUCUAGUAAAGGUCACGAACAUUGAGCUACUAUCAGUUUCCUGUGAAGAUGUCGCAAACAGUGAAACAUUUGAGUUGCCCAUCUCGCACACAGGCUUGUUCAAGGUUGUUCCAGAGGAGAUGCCAUACAGUACAGUAGAGGAGAUGGUAAGCCUGAGACCAGUAGGCCUUGACUCCUGCCUUCCCUUCACCUUCACCAGCCACUCCAAGAUGACCUUUGGCAAUUUAACUCUGGGGGCAGGGAGAGCUUUGACUGUGCUCUCUGUUGAGCGGCACGAGGGUCAAGAGGAUCAAGUGCGCUGCCUUGUUCGAGGACAACAAGAAGCCUCAGCUGAAGUGUGCAUCCCUAUUUCUUCCCGAGGGACCUUCUUUGAGUGUGAGAGUGAGGAGCGCUUCACCCUGCGGGAGAUCAUGUCCUCGCCCUCCCUGCGUAGCCGAAGGUUUCGCUUCGUCAAUGCUGCCAAGUGUGAUCGGCCUCUUAUCCUCAGUCCAGUAUACCAUGUCCAGGCGCUCAUGAACUUGAGGAAGAAUGUGGUGAAGUUCCCAUCCAGCUUAGAAGUGGAUGUGGUCGAUGUCACUGAGCUGUGUAAAGAUGUGAACUUUAUCGUUCCUCUUUCUCUGAGUGAAGUUCACGCUGAGCCGCAUGAAUCAUUCCCUGGAGUGGUGGAGAUCAUAGAAGACCCAGAGACACGCUCCCUGUUCAAGUGCGCUUGGCUGCCGGAGCUCCGCAAAAAUGGGCGCCUCAUUUUCCACAAAAAAGGGACCUCACCCAUGAUUUUAUUAUCCACUGUGAAAAGCAGGAAGACACCACAGUACUUCCUGGUGUCUCAGCAAUAUGGCGGACGAUUUCGGAGACGGCCACGAGAGUUUAAUUCAGCAUAUGAGUUGUAUGUUGCUUCAAUCCAUUCACCAGGUCUGAAGGUCAGCGUGACUAGGAACUGUGAGGAAGUUGAAGAGGAGGGCCUGCCUGCCCUCAGCGUGGGGGAACAGCUAGAGGUUGUGCGCUGUGACAGGAUGGUGUUGCCCUGUGAAGGCCAAGUGGGGCAGAAGCAGUCCGUCGAGGCUCUUUUGUGUCAUCGCCUUCAAGAGUCAGACGAUGAGGAUGACGAUGACGAUGAUGAAACAGAUGAGGUCCAACAGAAGGAUGAAAAGGAGGAGAUUUUUCUGCCUCUUUAUAUGGAGGGUCACUUUGUGGAAGUACUCGGUGAUAACAAGAAGUACAAACUCAGUGACUUGGGGAAGGAGUUUAGCUUGCCUCUGGAUGUUAAAGUGGUGGGCCGUGAUACAGAACUUGAGAAAGAUCCACUUUUUGGGUUUUCAUGUCUCCGAAUAGAGGCGGCUAUGUUGGAGCCCACCAUUCAGGCAAGUCUUGUAGACAGGCCAGACUGCUGUUUCGAGAUCCCAACUCAGUGGCUCUCAAUGUCUGUCUAUUUUACCAAAGACUCCCUCCCAUGGCCCAAAGAUCAACCCCCCAAGUGCCAAGUGGAAAGAGUUACUGAAGUGGCAGACACAUUCUUUUAUGAGUUUCGCAAACUGGGUAACUCAGAUGCGGAUCCUCCACCUCGACCACCAAAGCGAAACAUGUCAUCCUCAGCACCUCCCAAAAAAUCAAAAGCAUCAAAGAAAUCAAAGAAGGCAGACAAGUCCAAACAUCAAUUGGACAAAAGCAUCCCAACCAAACAGUUCAGCGAUUUGACUCUGAAUAACAAAAAGAGACCCCCCGCUCCACCACCUCCUACUAAUGAAGAAGAUGAACCCCCACCACUUGUACCCCGAAAGCACUCAGCAGCUGAACUAACCGCAGGCAAGGCACUGCCAAACACUUACGUACAAAUGAGAGAGUCUACCAAAAAAGUGAUCAUGCCUAACUUUGAAGAUGUGGACAGUGACCACGACUAUGAAACUGUGGAUGACAGUUUGGCUGUUAUGAUGAAGACAGCACAAGAGAACGUCAUGCACUACUAAAAAAACAUCUUCUACUGCAACAAUGAAAUAUUCUGCUUGAGCAGUGAGAAAUGAACUUUGUAGUGGCUAAGGUAUUGCAAUCUUGUGAUUUAUUUUUUUUAGCAACUAUAAGGUUAGAUGCAUCUUAAUAUAUAGCUUAAUGUAAUUUUAAAUUAUUCAACAUAUUCCUGAGAGUAUACAAGUCACGUUUCUCUGACGACACAUGAGCUAUUUUGCAGGAUAUAAAACUAUGGUUUUGGUUUUUAUUUUUGGUUUGUUUUUUUUUACCCUCGGUGAGGGCAGUUCAGGGUACUUGACUGUGUUUCCUCACCUAUUUCUCAUGUAAAAUUUCUUAUUACCUCGUAACUUCACAGUGCUGUUUCAAACUUUGAACACAUACUAACCUUUUAGUUCAAACACUUUAAAAAAAAAAGACGUGAAGAAAUUGCUAGUUUAACCUUAUGGUAAUUGGGGCAUAUUGCUUUUAGCUUUGUAUACAGUUCCAUAUUUAUAUUGUGAAGUACUAACUGUAGUAGUUAGUGUAUAUAAUGAAUUCUUGUACAAAGCAACAGCCUCUAGGAUAAUAUACAGUCUAACAUGACACCAUAAAUAUCAGCCUUUAAAUUUACGUUACAUCAAUAACUUGUCAAAAAUGCAUAUUUAUAAGUGUUACUGAGGUACCAAUGAAUUGCAUUCUAUUGUACAACUAUAGUGUAUACAUCAAACUCCUACUGCAUAAAUGCAAACUCUAAACAAAUGUUCACCCGUCAUUGAUGGCAGGCAAUAGUCUAAACCACAGCAUUGUAACGCUGCAGCACCAGUAGCAGAAGCCGUCCUUGUAACCACAUCAAACUAUUUAUCUGAAAACAGAAAUGUGCUUGCCAUUUUUUUUUAUUUCACAAAAAUAACUCCAAGGAGGAUUAGAAACAUUUUGACUGAAAAUGAAAGUGUUUUGCAACUUUAACCAAUGGAUGAUCUGUUUUGUACCUUCUCCAUGUCUUUUAAAGAUUAUUUCCUCUGCAUGUACA